CAGUCUUCUGGGGUGGAAGUAGACCAAGCUGUCAUGGAUGCUUAUAAUGACAUCAAGCUGAAGAAAAGGCAUGCAUACGUGGUAAUGAUGAUCAAAGACAAAAAGAAGAUCGUCGUGGAAACCUUGGGAGAUAAACUUCCUCAAAACUGCUCUGAAUCCCGAAAUGAGGACAUAUUCAACAGCAUGAAAAAGUCUUUUGGAAACGAACCUCGUUACAUACUUUUUGACUUCUGUUUCACCAGACCGAAUCAUACUACAGCGCAGAAGUUAGCAUUAAUCAGUUGGUAAGACUUUUUUCAAAAAAAAUUUGCUGUAUAUCCAGUCCUCCUAAUGCCUUUCGUGCGAGUAUAAUAUACUUUUUAGCCACAUCUUUUAUAGUUUCAUCUUCUUGGUAUCCUGUAAGGAAUUUUUAUUUGUAAAGAAGACUCAACCGAUACUUGUGAACACAUCCAAUUUUGUAAAGAAAACUUUUCGAAUAAGUGUAAGGAGCAAUUGCGCUCUCUUAUUCAAGUAGUAAAAGCACUAUAAAAAAAAGUUGAGAAGUCAUUACCAUUAUUUUGAUGAUGAUGAUGAUUAUUAUCUUUAUUUUUAAAUACGGAGUAUCUAACUUCGAAGAAGCGCUGGAAAUCUAGUUUUUCUGCGCCUGGAUUUUAAUUCUUCAAAAAGAUUUGUUCCUCCCUGAUCAAUCCGUAUUUCUUUUGGUGGUCCGUGAACUUAAAAUUUUUUUAUCCACCUGAGGUGUGUACGAUUUAUUUUUGAUGAUCGCUCGAACUCCUUGCUUCAAAAAUACUGAGACAAUCUGUUUCCUCCACCUUAAGACUUAAAUACAUACGUUUCAUCCCUUAUUAUCCUUUUACAAUAAUAAUAAUAAUAAUAAUGGUGAUGAUUAGAUGAUUAAAUGAUAGAUGAGUUUCGCACUUAGCUAAGACAGGAUAAUUCCUCAUUUUUGUAUUAGAGUUUGAUUGCCCAUUUCUUGUUCUUAAACAGGUGUAAUGAUGAUGUUGCAAUCGGCAAAAAGAUGAUUUACGCCAGUUCAAAAGAUGCGUUGAAGAAAAGCUUCACUGGACUGAAUAUCGAGUUCCAGUGUACAGACCCAACUGAAUUUCAACACGCAGAACUGGUGAAAGAAAUGAUCCAUAAAGACAGGGUAUAA